AUGUCGGGACAUCAGAACAAGAAGAGAAAGCAGGACUUUCAUCAGCCUCAACAGCAACAUCAGAGUGCCGAGGAUGAGGUCGAUACUUCGAGGCCGUCAGCUGUCUUUACCCCUACAGCCCAGGUGGCGCGAGCCUGCGCCGUCUUUCAGGUCGACGAGAUCGUUGUUUUCAACGACGGCCAAUCACAGAAUGGGUCUCGUCCUCGGAAAAGCUUCGAAGGAGACGGCUACACGGGCUACUCCGAUCCUGAUGAUUUCCUCUACCAUGUUCUAAGCUACCUGGAAACGCCCCCACAUCUCAGAAAGACACUCUUCCCCAUGCACCCUAACCUUAGGACCGCUGGAGCCAUGCCGAGCUUGGAUAUGCCACAUCAUCUCCGCGCAAAUGAAUGGUGUCAGUAUCGCGAGGGAGUAACAAUGGGCGCCGAUGCAGCAUUCGCAGAGCCUCACAGCAAGCGCAGCAAAGGUCACGCCGUCUCAACUUUAGUCGACUGCGGCCUUCCUGUGAAGACGCGCAUCCCAGUCACAGUACCUCCGGGAUCUCGUGUUACAGUCAAAUUUGGAUCUGCCGAUGAGCCUCAGAUGGAUGGUUAUACUCCCUUGGAUGCCGAGGCCGUAUCUCCAGAUACACCGAGAGAGGAGACUGGUUACUACUGGGGAUACUCUACAAGGAUGACAUCGUCCCUGUCGGCAGUAUUUACGGAAUGUCCCUACGAUGGCGGCUACGAUAUUAGCUUUGGAACAUCUGAGCGAGGUAUAAGUUUGACGUCUCUUCUCAACGCAUCAGGCAACAAAUCCGAAGUACCGCCAGUCCCAAACCAAUGGAGGCAUAUGGUGAUUGUUUUCGGCGGCGUUGCAGGUCUAGAGGUCGCUUUGAAAGCGGAUAAAAAUCUGACAUCCAAGGGCGUCACGGAAGCUAGAGACGUGUUUGACUAUUGGGUCAAUCUUGUGCCUCAGCAAGGAAGCAGAACAAUCCGUACGGAAGAGGCGGUCUGGCUCGGGUUGAUGGGCUUGCGCACAAUAGUGCAGGAUCGGCAAGAAUCGACUUGA